AUGAUUUCCAAACCUCUAAUUACCUUCGCCGGUCUGUUGGCAGCUGUGUCAGCCAUAACAAUCACUGAGCCUCAGCAGGGCGCCAAGCUCGAUUUCAGCGGUAGCAACACAAUUUCUUGGACGUCGGUGGACACCGACCCCGUCUCUUUCGAGAUCGUCCUCGUGUCGCCGAACAACUCCACGAUUGCCCAAUCUGUCAUCACAAACUCUGUCAACACGACUGAAAACAAAUACACCUUCUCAAACUUUGUCACCCCUGUCGGCGACAAUUACCAGGUCAACUUCCUUGGCAAUGUCGGCACAAACAGGGGCAUUAUCAGCCAGUCGCAGACAUUCGCUGUCACCAAGUCUGGUGUUGAGUCGACUGGCACAUCCUCGACCGGUGCAUCUGCCACCGCUACUGGCGCCUCGCAGAGUGCUUCCGCCUCUGGUACAAGUGCUGCUAACGCUUUGAGCGUGACUUUUGGCAUCGCUGCACCCAUCGUCGCAGCCCUCGGCAUGUUGCUUUAG